AUGAUUCUACAAUUCAGGGCUUAUAUACAGCAUUGUAUUGGUGUCGACACUAAACAAGCGGUCUUUUUGUACGAAGAAAGCUGGCCCCUGUCGCUAACGUCACUGGACAUGGUUUCUAGUCCGCCAUCCUCUAAACCUGCAAGUCAAUCACUACAGGUCCCAACAAAUGAUGAGGAAAAAGAAACCGUAUCUCUUGACGAGGAAUUAAUCGACCAUGAGACGUUUGACCAGUUACUGGACAUGGACGACGACGAAAAUUUCGCGUUCUCUAAAGGGAUCGUCUCUGAGUAUUUUAAACAAGCAGAACAAACAUUCAAGCAGAUGGAUGACUAUUUUAAGGAGGAGAAUCUUGACGAGUUGUCCAAAUUAGGUCAUUUUCUUAAGGGCAGUUCGGCUGCCAUCGGAUUAACCAAGGUUAAAGGCAUCUGCGAAAAAAUACAAUACUGCGGUAUCCUCAAAGACGAAAACGGGGAAUCCUCGAUUACAGAAGACGAGGCAAAAGAUCACAUGGCAUCGUACUUAAAAAAUGUAAAAAAAGAAUACCGGGAAGCCGAAAAAUAUUUGAAAGUUUUUUAUGAAAAGCGAGGUUCGGCUAUUAGUGAUGAUAACACAUCCUCUGAUGAGUAG